AACACACUUUCCUCUUUUAGCUCCUCUAGAUCUCACCCUCUAGGGUUCUCCACUUUCUCUAUAAACAACUCUUCCAAAGUACUUUGAGAAAGUGGUAACAUACAGAAUCUCUACUGGUUUAAGUAUAUGUAGUGAAAAGAUGAAGAUACAGUGUAACGUGUGUGAGGUCGCAGAGGCCACCGUGUUGUGCUGCGCAGAUGAGGCGGCCUUGUGCCGUGCUUGUGAUGAGAAAGUACAUGCAGCUAAUAAGUUGGCUAGCAAGCAUCAAAGGGUUUCUUUGACGAACUCUAACUCUCCUAUGCCCAAGUGUGAUAUUUGUCAGGAGACAGUUGGAUAUUUCUUUUGUCUGGAGGAUCGUGCUUUGCUAUGCAGAAAAUGUGAUGUUUCUAUACAUUCGAUUAAUCCUCUCGUUUCAGCUCACCAAAGGUUUCUGCUUACUGGAGUGAAGGUCGGGCUUGAACCAACUAAACUUAGCGCACCAUCUUCUUCUGAAAAGUCGCACUCCCCAGACAAAAUCGUUGAAACAGAAUCACGACCAUUGACUACAGAGUGUAAGCACAUAUCUUUGGAUGGUCAACAGGACAAGGAGUCAUCUUUCCAAGUAGCUGGAGUUAGCAACAUUGUGUCAACUAAGUUGCCUUUGGCUGGAGGAUCUGAUUAUGAAAACUUUGAACAGUGGCAAUUAGAUGACAUGUUAGGAUUAACUGACAUGAAUCAGAACUACAACUAUAUAGACAGCGGAUCAUCCAAGGCUGAUAGCAGUAAGUUUGGAGGGUCGGACUGCUCAGCAAUAUUAUUGGCUGGUGAUGUCGAGAUAGAUGUUGAUGAGGGUCUGGGUCAUGUUCCUGACACAGCCUGGGCAGUGCCAGAGAUUCCAUCGCCUCCCACAGCCUCAGGACUUCACUGGCCAAACAGUUACCAGCAUCAGGUGGAAAUGACAGCGCUAUUUGUUCCUGAUGUAUGUUACUCCACCAGGCUAGAUCUAUAUCAAGAUGAGUUGAUGGGGUCAAGUGUCAAACGCAGAAGACACUAGUCUGUCCUCCGUGACUUUGUGUGACUUUGUUUCUGUAGUUAAUGGAGCUUCCAUCUGUAGGUAUAGUUUUUUUGUAACCCUAAACUAUUUUAAGACUAAUGUAUGGAAACAGUCUGGUUCAAAGGCUAUGCAACCUCUG